UGCGGGAGGGUUUCGGUCGAACGAUCCAUGCGCGUGCGCAGAAGGGCGGUUGCUAGGCGAGGCGCGGCCCUUAGUUACCGUGCCUUGCCUACGCGGGGGCGGCGUAAGAAGAUGGUGGCCACUCCGCGGGUCACUAUGGAAACAGAGCUUCGUAAUACUAUAGUCUUCAAUGCAUCCAAAAAGGAGAUUUUUACUAUCAACAGUGGUUACAAGUCCUUACAGAAGAGGCUUCGUAGUAAAUGGAAGAUACAGAGUUUAAAAGAUGAGAUCACAUCCGAGAAGUUAACUGGGGUAAAAUUGUGGAUUACAGCAGGUCCCAGAGAGAAAUUCACUGCAGCUGAGUUUGAGGUUCUGAAGAAAUAUCUAGAAGAGGGUGGGGAUAUCCUAGUGAUGCUGGGGGAAGGUGGUGAAUCCCGCUACGACACCAAUAUUAACUUCUUGUUAGAAGAAUAUGGAAUCAUGAUCAAUAAUGAUGCUGUGGUGAGAAAUGUAUAUUACAAAUACUUUCAUCCUAAGGAAGCCUUGGUCUCCAAUGGAGUUUUGAAUAGGGAAAUCAGCAGAGCUGCAGGGAAAAUUGUGCCUGGGAUAAUAGAUGAAGACAACAGUGGAAAUGACUCACAGGCUCUCACUUUUGUGUAUCCAUUUGGUGCCACACUGAAUGUGAUGAAACCAGCAGUGGCUGUUCUGUCCACAGGAUCUGUCUGCUUUCCCCUCAACAGACCCAUUCUGGCUUUUUACCAUUAUAAGAACCAAGGUGGAAAGAUGGCAGUGUUGGGAUCUUGCCACAUGUUCAGUGACCGAUAUUUGGAUAAAGAAGAGAACAGCAAGAUCAUGGAUGUGCUUUUCCAAUGGCUGACAACAACGGACAUCCAUUUAAAUCAGAUUGAUGCGGAGGACCCUGAGAUUUCAGAUUAUAUGAUGCUCCCGGAUAUAGCCAUGCUGUCUGAGCGACUACGAGUGUGUCUACAGGAAGGAGACGAGAACCCAAGAGAUUUUACAACACUUUUUGAUAUGUCCAUUUAUCAGCUGGAUACAACCUCCCUCCCUAAAGUUAUCAAAUCUUAUGAACAGCUAAAUGUGAAACAUGAACCUCUCCAGCUCAUUCAGCCUCAGUUUGAGACUCCACUACCUGCACUCCAGCCAGCUGUGUUCCCGCCUGCUUUCAGAGAAUUACCUCCUCCCAAUCUGGACUUGUUCGACUUAGAUGAAACGUUCUCCUCUGAGAGAGCUCGUCUUGCACAGAUUACCAACAAAUGUACCGAAGAUGACCUGGAGUUUUAUGUCAGAAAGUGUGGUGAUAUCUUAGGGGUGACAGACAAACUCCCAAAGGAGCAGCAAGAUGCCAAGCAUAUCCUGGAGCACAUCUUCUUCCAAGUGGUGGAGUUCAAGAAGCUGAAUCAGGAACACGAUAUUGACACCAGUGAAGCUGGAUUCCAGAAUGGUUAUUGAGCAUUGGCUUACUCUGUCAGAGAGAGAGAGAGAGACAGACUGACCUUCCUAGCAAAAAUUUACUGUAUCUCCCUCGCUGUCAAUUAUUUUUCUACCUGUUUGUUCAGUAUAUUGAAUUUUUCUUUGAACCUUUGGGUGUUGUAAAUAUGGAUAAAGUCUUAAACUUUUUUUUUAAAUAAAUGACAAAUAAGGGGUUGCCUUGUAAGUGGCAAUAAUUUUCAAAAGCAUUUUAUGUAACAAACAUUCCAUAUUUAAUCUUGAUUCUGUAUUUUAUUGGAGCUAUAAUUCUGUAAUCUGUGAAAUAUUUAAGAAAAUAUUUUAUUCCAAUUCCUACUUCUGUCUUCUGGUAUUUAUUUUCUUGUAUCUAAUGCUUAUAUGCAAAAUUUGAGUAUAAAAUGUUUGUCUUUAUAGAUGCUUGUAGCUUUAAUUGCACUGUAGAAGAGAAGCCACUCAUCUGUGAAAGUUAGUUUGUUUUGAGAGCUGCAGAGCAGAAUAUGUAGCCAUAAGUAGAAUUGGAAUUGAAUCUCAUGGAAUCCAUGUCUAAUCUCUAACUCUGCAACUGCUUCCUCUUGAUGGUCAAUUAAAAUGAAAAUAAGAAAUUUGCUCUGCAGACGCAAGCCUAAAAUGAGCUUCCCAAUAAGGAACAAAUAUGAAGAUAAGAUUCUUUGUGGAUUAGGCUUUAAAAAAAUGUACAGCACUAUGUACAUUUAGAAUAGGAAUGUAAAAUUCGGUGUAAUCCAUUACAUUUACAUCCCUAACUUAAAGGGGCAACAAUGUGGAAGGAUACAUAGAAUUUAAAAGGAAUAUAUUCCCAUCAUUGUCUGCUAGUGUAUGUGUUUUUCAAAACCAAAAACUCCACCAUACUUUUGGCUUGGCCUUAUUCUAUCCUUGUCUUAUUUACCACCUAUUUUACCAUGGAGUUCCUGCAUGUGGAGAACUGGAAUUAAAGUGCAGUGAUUGAUCUUUAAUUGUACAAGCUGAGUUUAGGGCAAACAAGAAAACUAAGAACAUAAAUGGUGAAAAGUCUUAGCAUUCUUCCACUGUUAAUAACAAGCUCUGUGUGUCAAGAGGAGCAAAGAUAUUUCUUAAUAGUUUUAAACCUGUUAUUGGCACUGCACAAGAACACAACUUCCUCUCGGGUAUGCAAUUGUGUCUUAUGCAUCUAAGGCCCAAACCCACAUGCAUAACCAGAUCCUUUCCCCCGGCUGUCUACUGUGUAGUCCUUUAUUUCUGACACUUCCUAGAAAUCGUGGUCUGCCUAUCGCUACCUUCAACAUUGCUUCUUCUGAAAGGUCUUUCUUUCACUUUCGUUGUCUUUUCCAAUAGUGCAGUAAAGAUGAGUGAAAGUCCUAUUCUUUCUGUUGCUGUCUUAUGCCCUUCCCCAAAUAUUGGUGCUAACACUGCUUGUCAGGAAAGAGGAUAUAGGUUUUUUCCCUGCCUAAAAUGCUAGCAUGCUGUAGACACUAUGCAAAUAUGCACUAUAUUCUGUUGGAGGAAUGUCAAAGACUGCUUAUCUAUGAAUUUGAUCCCUAGCAUCCUUUACUGUUUACACAAAUGGAGAACUUUUAAAUUCCAUAAGGUCCCAGUUGCCCUAACAACUCUACUGCAGUGAUGGAAGAUAAUCAUUCUUCAUCAGAGAUCACAUUUUUGAAAAAAGGCAACUGUGCUUUGUGUUUUUAUAAAUGUUACCUCUUUUACCCAAAACACUGAUUGGUACAAUCCAGCUGAAGAUUUACACAACAAUCUUAAUCUUUCCAAGACUACAUCGAUAUCCACCAAAGCCCAAGGGGCUCCAGCUGAACUACAGUUCUGCCCAGUUCUACCAAUAUUUAGGGUGUGAUGGAUAACUCCAGCAUGUGCUGUUCUUCAGUGUUGAUACUUCAGUCAGUAAAUAAAACCUUUCUAAAGAAAGCUUUAGUAAGGUGUUUUGCCACCUGUCUUUUGUUGUUGCAACAACAUGUUUUAGAAAUAAUAGUUACUAUAGCACUCUGAGAAUGCACAAUAAGCAGUGAGACCAACCCCUGAGCUAAGGUUUAUCCUUUAGGAUUUCUGGUGUUCCUGUUGGCAUUGCUCAUGGGACGACUGUAGUGAGCUUUAAAAUAAAUGAAGGCAUUUUCACUAACUUGUUGUAACCAGGCUGGUAUGUAGAUAGAGAAGUAUAUUAUUAUUCCUCCUUUAAAAGAAAAAUUAGCAUCUAUGAAGAGAGAAUGGCUCAUGGCCACCUCCAUCAGCCAUCCCUCCACAUAUAGUGAAAUCUCAUGGUUGCAUAGUUCUUCCUUCUCAUUUCAUUCACCUAAUGGAAGUUGAAACCCAUCAUAGCUGUUUUGCUAUGUGGAUGUUGGUUUAAGAGCAGUAGCCUGUCAGAGGGCAGGGAUUCAUGUGCUGUAACUACUCCACUAGAGCCUGAAUUUUCAGUAACAGUACAAGGUGCAGCUCCCUGUUUGUUGGCUACCAAUCAAGGACUGCCUUCAGAACCCCCCAAAACAUCACACCUAUAACUCUCCACAAGCAGCAGUGGCUGUGUAGACAGGAUUUAGGUAUGUUGACUACCCUGUCCUCUAACACUCUUGAAGUACAUAAUGUCCUGUGUACUGUUGUCAUAUGCCUGUGAAAGAAUAAGACAAUGUCUAAUUGCUGUAGUGCGACACAAUAGUCUGAUGCUCUGCUUCUAUAGGAGCCCUGCAGAAUAAUCUUCACCCCAAAUCAGAAAGAAAAUAGAAUUAAUACUGUUCUCAGAAACACAGGUUUUUUUGCUCCCUGUUUGGGGUCUACUGCAUCACCGUCUGUUACAUUAGCCUGAAGGAAUAUAUUCUCUUCAUAUGUUCCUGCUUCCCUCCUUAAGGUCCCAAGCAAGAGUUUGAUUGUUCAGUUAGCAAGAGGUAUGCUUUUGUUCAGUUAUAGAAUCAUAGAUCUGGAAGAGACCUCAGGAGAUCAUCAAGUCCAGCCCCCUGCCCAAA